GUCCAGUCCACUUUGCCCAUUUCAUGGUUUGUUUAUCGAACUUGAACCAACUAUUUAUUUCAGAUUAAAUUGCUUGAUAUCAUUGCUGAUCACUACGUUUUCAGUCAUCGCGGAUUAUUCUUAUCAACCAACUAUUUAUUUCAGAUUAAAUUGCUUGAAAGCAUUGCUAAUCACUGCGUUUUCAGUCAUCGCGGAUUAUUCUUAACAAUUUCUCAUAAUGUCUGGAGAUUCAGACACGGGCGUUUUGCCCACACCAUCCAGCAUCUCAAGCCUCACCGCAGCCACUGAGCAACUUUUCGCUGCGAUUAAAAAUGCCGGCACAAACGAAGUUCUUAUUAACGAACUUAUAAGCCGACACAUCGAAACAUUUUCCGUGCAAAACCCUGUGCCUAUGGUUGACUUUGAAUCGGGGUGCGAAUGGUAUAACGUGUCGCGCAGCCUGAGCAUACAGGAGGACUUGAAAGGACGCAUCACAGUGCUGGAUUUCUUCACCUACUGCUGCAUUAACUGCAUACAUGUCCUGCCACAGCUGCAUGCCCUCGAGCAGCGCUACCCGCCGCUGUCGUCACCCCUCACCGUCGUUGGAGUUCAUUCGGCGAAAUUCAGCAAUGAGAAAGAUCAUGCAAACCUUGCCUCAGCCAUCUCGAGAUACGACAUCAGCCAUCCGGUCAUCAAUGACAGCCACUCAGCCAUGUGGCGGCAACUGGGCAUCGUGUGCUGGCCAACGCUGGUCGUUCUGGGGCCGACGUGUGUGCCGCUGUUCGUUUUCGUGGGAGAGACGCACGGAGAGGAACUCCUGCUGAGCGUUCGUCAUCUCAUGCGUCACUACGGCGACCUGGGGUUAGUUGUGACCCCUGGGAUGUCAUUGGGGGUUGGUUGUGACCCCUGGGAUGUCAUUGGGGUCGCUGAUACUGGUGGCAGUGUCAAGGACAUCAUCGGCAGCGGCAAGCGCGGCUUUAGCGACGGCAGCUUCACUUCAGCGCAGUUCAGCAGCCCUCAGGGAUGUGCUUUCAGCGCUCCUCAUCACAUCUACGUUGCUGAUACUGAAAACCACGCAAUCAGGAAGGUGUGUCUGAAGAGCAGAAGAGUGAGCACCGUCGCCGGGACCGGCAAACAAGGCACCGACCUCGUCGGCGGCCUCCGCGGCACUGACCAGGAAAUCUCAAGUCCAUGGGACGUUUGCACUGCACGUCUCCCCGACGUCCACGGAGAGGCGGAAGUGACGCCAGUUUUGCUCAUCGCCAUGGCGGGCACUCAUCAGAUCUGGGCGCUGUUCCUGCAAGACGGCAUCGACCUCGUAGGCUGCGAGCGUGCGGAAGGUUGCGUCGUUCGCAUCGCUGGCUCAGGCCAAGAAGAGAACCGCAACACGAGUUAUCCCUUGAAGGCUUCGUUUGCUCAGCCUUCUGGUAUUUGCACUGCUAGACUGAGUCUGCCUCCCGCUACUAAAAAGAAGAAUUUUGCUCGUAAUAUUCCUACGGAAACCAGCAAUGAUGGGUCUCAUUGUGAGACUCACGGUGAUGUCCCAGUCCCUCCUUCGUCUCUGAUAUAUUCUUGCGCUUUUAAGGGAAUUCCAUCUGCUCCUGCUCCUCCUCCUCCUCCUCCUCCUCCUCCUCCUGCUCCUCCUGCUCUUCUUCCUCCUUCUCCUGCUCCUCCUGCUCUUCUUCCUCCUUCUCCUGCUCUUCAGCCUCCUUCUUUUCCUUUUUCUCGUCCCUCUGUUCCUCCUGCUCCUCCUCCUCCACCUCCUCCUCCUCCUCCUCCUUCUCCUCCUCCUACUCAUCCUCCUCCCCAUCCUACUAUAUCAACGUCAGCGCAAAAUUCUGUUCAAAAUCAACAAAAUCCGAGUUCAACGGGAGUUCCACCACCACCACAACAACCUCCAACAGCAGCAGCAACUGUAACAGCAACCCGCAAUCCUGAAGGUCCGGCGCCAUCUUUGAUCCCCCCAGCCCCACCGUUCGGACCCACACCUCCCCGACCGCCCCGCGUCCACCGUCCUCCCCCUGCGGAUGCCCCGACCACAGCCCUGUCGUCCCACCCUACAGGUGUCCACGCGGCGGUGAUCGCGGACGCGGAGAGCUCGUGCGUGCGGCUGCUGCGUUUGGACACAGGCGCCGUUAUGCCCCUGGUGGGGGGUGCCCCGGACCCCACGGACCUGUUCGCAUACGGCGACGCUGAUGGAGUUGGCACUAGUGCUCGUCUCCAGCAUCCUCUUGCUGUCGCGGCCUCUGAAGACGGCGGUGCGCUGUACGUCGCUGACACCUACAACCAUAAGAUCAGAAAAAUCGACGUCUGUGUGCCUCAAGGUAAAGGGAUACCGCGGUUUAAAACUACCAGCCUCCACAUCAGCUCCCUCGAGUUUCGUGAGCCCGGCGGGCUGUGUGCGAUGGGCGAUCAGCUGUUCGUCGCCGACACCAACCAUCACGUCAUCAAGAUCAUUGACACGUCCGCUAAACCUCCCGCCGUUUCGGAAUUGCGUUUACAGUUCGCGGAUGUGAAGCAGAGCGAUGAAGUGGAUGGGCGUCUUGCUGCCGGACGAGGAGCAGACCAGCGAUGCGUGUUGCUCUGCCCUGCCACCGGCCACGACACUCUGGCCCUCAACGUACGACUUGUGCUCGACCGCGGCGCCCUCACGGAAGACGCGCCCAGCAGUUGGCACGUCCGGACACUUCAUGGCGCUGAGGUUACAAGGAGCUCGGGAGGCUGGGGUCACGACGGCAUUGCCAGCUUCUUCGUCAAAUUGCAGAUUCCGCGGCCAGAAGUUGAGACUCUGCUCUUCACGGCUAAGUUGUACGUCUGUCUCCCUUCUGGUGUAUGCACGGGGAAAAAAAUCACGUUAGCGAUCGAAAUAAGAGGCGAAAAUAAGUCAAAUGAUGACGUACUCACAAUUCCAGUGACAUCUGGUCCUACUGAUAUACAACUAAAGGUUUCGGUUUAGCUCAUACGAUCUACUGCAUUUAUUUUGAUAUCAUUUGUUGUAUCUCUUGAGUCCUAUGACUGGGAAAGUACACACUUGUACUUACUUAGUACACACUUAAGUACCUACAUAGUGAAAGUACUUAAAACUUUGGCGUGGUUUUCUUUAAUUUUACCCUUACGAAUGCUUUACUCUGACUGCCUCACUAUGAUUGCGUUUAGCCUCAAUACUCUAGUUAACGACACGAUGGCUUAAAUCUCUAGUAUACUUGUAUCCUUCAUUCAUUAAAAUUUUUAACAUAGACAAGACAAUAUCCUCUUUAGACUUCUCUAAAGCACGACGACCUUAUAAAUUCACUGCAAGUUUUAGUUUCGAGGUCUCAUAUUACUGUUAUCAAGAUUCAAUUAUAUCCUAAUUUCUGCAAGAUUUAUGAUCAAGGUUCAGUCCUGCUUCGACGACAUUACAAGUAUAGAUAUCAUGAUGUCUAUGCCAAUUGACAAACUAUUUAACCUUCCCAAAAAAGACUCUUUAGUCAAGUGAUUGUUACAACGACUCCAUGUAUCAUUCAUAAUCCCAUACAAAGUAUGCUUUACUUCUCACCUAAUGAUUGCAGUAUUAAUAUUCAGCUUUUAAGUUUAUCGUUAAUAUUAUUGUAAGUUUUGUCUCUCUGGCCAGUCAUAAUAUUUAUCAAUGUUGGUAUUGCAUUUUCCAUUUUGGUCUUGUUCUUAGUGUUGAAGCAUAAUGAUGGUGCCUUCGAACGAAUUAAAACGUUCAAAUGACGAAGUCUGUGAAUCAUUCUUUAGCUAUGUACAAUAGACUUUAAAUUAUCAUUUAAAGUCUAUUUGUAUAAUUUAAGGCAAAAAUAGCCGCGGUCGAAGAAUUGAUUUUUCAUGAAUUAACUGAUUUUAUUAUUUGCCAUUUUGAUUUACCUUCAUGAUUAAACUACUCAUGUUUUUAUUAUUUACUGCUCUCUUAUCACUUAUUAGUUGAAGUAUUGCAUUUCAUAUUCGUAUAUAUAACACGUGUUACAGCUUAUUUGAAUUAAAACUAAUCCAUGAA